AUGAAUUUUAAACCUAAAAGAGUGUCAGUAAAAUCCGCGUCUGCUGCACCAAAACCUCUAGACUUUGAUGCUUUUAUUCCAUGGAUUUGUGACGAAUUUGCAGUUCCUUGCGAAAUAUAUGUUACUCGGAAACUGCAAGCUGACUAUAUUUCAACCACCGUCGCCAACCCUCGUUCAACAUCCAAAUCCCUUACACUCCACGCUGAUAGUAAUAAAGUGGAUGAGAAAGUUUACAAGUCGACGAGUCAAAAGAGUAAUGGAAAUUUUAACAAAUUUACAAACAGUUUUAUCUCUAUAAAUGCUUGGUAUGAUACCAAAGGACGUCUUGUGGAAAUAACUAUAAUUGGAUCACCUAUUGAAAUACCGAGAAAAUUAAUCAUAGCCAUUUCUCUAUGUGUUCCAUUUCAUCCAUCGUUAUCGAAAAUUACAAUACGAAAACGAGGUUUGCGAUUACCCGCACUCUACGAAGUAGGCAAAUUGUUAGCACACUCAAACAUUACUGAAGUGUUCAUAGAAGAUUGCUAUGUGCCAGAGGGGUCUUAUGAUCUUUUAUUAGAACGUGCGUGUAAUUUGAAGCAUCUGUCUCUACGUCGCUUAUAUAUCAAUGAUGCCAUUUGCGUCAGAAUUGCCAAAAGACUCGAUGUGGGAGAACCAGCUUCGAAAACUUUGCUUACGCUAGAUUUAGCAUUUAAUACUAUAACGGAUGUAGGUGCUAAAGCCUGUGGAGAGACAUUACGAACGAAUCGCUGCUUAGUACAUUUAAAUCUGUGUAGUAAUAAAAUUACCGAUAUCGGGGCAGAUUGUAUCCUAAAUAGUCUAAUAAUGUUUCCUCUAACUAUAGAAGAGGUUCGUUCUGCCAAAAUCCGACGAUUUGAAUAUUUUAUAAAGAAAAUAGCAACUUUUAAUAAAAAUGAGCAGCUGUUGAUUUCUCGUCGCGAAGAAGAAAAGAUAAGUGGAUCAGAAAGUAAAGAACGAAAGAAGAAUAAAAAACAAUCUCUUAAUAAAACAGGACAAACAAUAACUCAAUUAGCUGAAAAGUUAACUCUGGAAGAAAUAGGAGAUUUUGUCGACGUCUUUGACAGCAGUCAAAUACAUUAUAUUAAUAAAAUAACUUGCCUAGAGAUAAGAUGA